CAAAUCUUACCGCAAAAUCAGCUCUGAAGUUUGCAGCCUGAUCUCAAUGGGGCUCUCCUCCUGCAACGACAUCAAGCAAACUAUCAACCCCCUCACUUCCUCCUACAAUGACCAAAUCCGCCCCGUCCUCGACGCCGUCGACCGCCUACGCCAGCUCAAAGUAACGCAGGAAGGAAUCCAGCUACCGACCAUCGUCGUCGUCGGCGACCAAUCCUCCGGCAAAUCUUCCGUACUCGAAUCCCUUGCCGGUAUCAGUCUUCCCCGCGGCCAAGGGAUAUGCAACCGAGUCCCUCUCAUCAUGCGGCUCCAAGACGACCCCUCUCUUUCUUCCCCUAUACUCCAUCUCGAGUACAGGAACAAGCGCGUGCUCACUUCCGAGUCAACCAUCACUGCUGCCAUUGAGUCCGCAACCGCUGAGAUCGCCGGAGUAGGAAAAGGAAUCUCCGACACACCCCUUACCCUCGUCGUCCGAAAGAAAGGCGUACCGGACCUCACCAUGGUCGACCUACCCGGUAUCACUCGUGUGCCCGUACGCGGCCAGCCUGAGAAUAUAUACGAGCAAAUUGCUUCCAUUAUUAUGCAGUAUAUAACGCCUGCGGAGAGCAUUAUUCUUAAUGUGCUCUCCGCCGGCGUCGACUUCCCGACGUGCGAGUCCAUCCGGAUGUCCCAGCAGGUGGACGGCAAAGGGGAGAGGACGCUGGCGGUUGUCACGAAAGCUGAUAUGUCGCCGGAAGGCCUUCUUGAAAAAUUAGCUGCCGACGAUGUCAACAUUGGGCUGGGUUACGUUUGUGUGAGAAAUCGUAUUGGGUCGGAGUCUUAUGAGGAGGCUCGAGUUGCAGAGGCGAAACUGUUCGAGACCCAUCCUCUGCUUCCAAAGGAGAUGCUCAGGAAGCUGCUAAUAAGAGGAGAAUUCGAUGAUUUUCCAAUUGAUAAACAAAUGCAUGGCACUGCAAGGCUAUCUGAAAUGCUGAAUGCUUAUGCAAAAGAGUUGCCAAAUGAUAUCCCGAUGAAUAAGAAGUUUUUCUUAAUGGAAGAAAUUGAGCUGUUGGAAGAGAGCAGAGGCAUUUGGCUUCCCAAUUUUCUCCCUAGAACAGCUUUUUUGACCCUUCUUCAGAGGAAGGUAAAGGAGGUCUGGAGCAUCCCGCAAGAUUUUGUAGAGAAGAUAUGGACCUAUCUCGAAGAUUUAGUUUUACGAGUUCUUGAGGAGGCAUCGGAGAAUUAUCCACCUCUUCGGGCUUGCAGUAGAAGGGCGGCACAGAAUCUUUUUGAAAAAAUGAGAAAACGCUCUAUCCAGAAUGUCAAAGAAAUCGUAGAAAUGGAAAUGUUUACGGACUAUACUUUUCAUCCUGAUUAUAUGAAGAUGUGGACGGAGCUCAUGGUGCCUCAAAAGUCUUUCAUGGAGUUUGUUCUCAAUACCAACGAACCAACAAAGAUGAUCAUGAAGGUUGUUGGUGAAGUGGAUGUGGCUCAUUUGCGGGGGAGGCGUGAUGUGGUUGUAGAACAAGCGUUUGAUAUGAGGAUGAGGCUCAUUUCUUAUUGGAUUGUGGUGCUGAGGUUGGUGGAUGGUUUAGCUCUGCAUGUUAUUUACGCUGUGAAGAAACUAGUGGAUAGUGAGCUUGAAGCAGCGAUUGUGAACGAGGUGGUUCGUCGUGAGAAGAUGGAGGUGAUUGAGAAAAUAUUGGAGGAGCCUCCAGCUGCCGCGGUGAAGAGGGAGCGGUUGAAGAAGAGCAUUCAGCUGCUCAAGGAAUCGAAGGACGUGGUGGCCAAGAUUAUGGACAGGAUUUCUCUUAAUGGUGCCGAUUAA